AUGCGUGCACAUCUUAAUGAUAGUGUAAAGCCGGGCAUGCGUGCACAUCUUAAUGAUAGUGUAAAGCCGGGCAUGCGUGCACAUCUUAAUGAUAGUGUAAAGCCGGGCAUGCGUGCACAUCUUAAUGAUAGUGUAAAGCCGGGCAUGCGUGCACAUCUUAAUGAUAGUGUAAAGCCGGGCAUGCGUGCACAUCUUAAUGAUAGUGUAAAGCCGGGCAUGCGUGCACAUCUUAAUGAUAGUGUAAAGCCGGGCAUGCGUGCACAUCUUAAUGAUAGUGUAAAGCCGGGCAUGCGUGCACAUCUUAAUGAUAGUGUAAAGCCGGGCAUGCGUGCACAUCUUAAUGAUAGUGUAAAGCCGGGCAUGCGUGCACAUCUUAAUGAUAGUGUAAAGCCGGGCAUGCGUGCACAUCUUAAUGAUAGUGUAAAGCCGGGCAUGCGUGCACAUCUUAAUGAUAGUGUAAAGCCGGGCAUGCGUGCUCAUCUUUAUGAUAGUGUAAAGCCGGGCAUGCGUGCACAUCUUAAUGAUAGUGUAAAGCCGGGCAUGCGUGCACAUCUUAAUGAUAGUGUAAAGCCGGGCAUGCGUGCACAUUUUAAUGAUAGUGUAAAGCCGGGCAUGCGUGCACAUCUUAAUGAUAGUGUAGAGUCGGGCAUGCGUGCACAUCUUAAUGAUAGUGUAAAACCGGGCAUGCGUGCACAUCUUAAUGAUAGUGUAAAGCCGGGCAUGCGUGCUCAUCUUUAUGAUAGUGUAGAGCAGGACAUGCGUGCACAUCUUAAUGAUAGUGUAGAGUCGGGCAUGCGUGCACAUCUUUAUGAUAGUGUAGAGCCGGGCAUGCGUGCACAUCUUUAUGAUAGUGUAGCGUCGGGCAUGCGUGCACAUCUUUAUAAUAGUGUAGAGUCGGGCAUGCGUGCUCAUCUUUAUAAUAGUGUAGAGUCGGGCAUGCGUGCUCAUCUUUAUGAUAGUGUAGCGCCGGGCAUGCGUGCUUAUCUUUAUGAUAGUGUACAGCCGGACAUGCGUGCUCAUCUUUACGAUAGUGUAGCGCCGGGCAUGCGUGCUCAUCUUUAUGAUAGUGUAGCGCCGGGCAUGCGUGAUCAUCUUUAUGAUAGUGUAGCGCCGGGCAUGCGUGCUCAUCUUUAUGAUAGUGUACAGCCGGGCAUGCGUGAUAAUCUUAGUGAUAGUGUAGCGCCGGGCAUGCGUGCUCAUCUUUAUGAUAGUGUACAGCCGGGCAUGCGUGCUCAUCUUUACGAUAGUGUAGAGCUGCGGAUGCGUGAUCAUCUUUGCAGCCUGGCCAAACACUAUACUGAUGGCAGCUCGAUUUCUGCAUUUUAG